CGAUAACCGCGCUUUUCGAUCGCAUUUCGACCGUGCAGCAGUAAAUCCUUCCACCCGGUUCCUCAUCGGUUCUCUGCAAACGUAUGUUCCGCGGAUUCUCGUGCCGCGGUUCGUAAGGCAACGCGCGUGAAGCAUAGUGAAAAAAGCCUCGCCUCGCUCGACAGCUUGCUUUUGUAGGGGUUGGUUCCUGUGACCAGUGCGUUGUUGGUUCUUGAAAGACGACUUCUUGUGGGGCCCACCGCCAGGAUGAACGUCGAAGAGGAAGUGUUUCGGAUCCAGAAAAAGCUCGGCAAAAUGACAUCCUUAUCGGAUGGCUCGGGCCAAGAGCAGGCGUUGGAUUUGUUGCGUGAGCUGCAGCGGCUGAGCAUCGAUCUGGAUAUUCUGACGAAAACGCGCAUCGGCAUGACGGUGAACGAGCUGCGCAAGUGCAGCAAAGACGACGAGGUGAUCAGUCUGGCGAAAUCGCUCAUCAAAAGCUGGAAACGGUUCCUGGCCGGUACGCCACCCUCGAAGGACGGUGGCAAGGACGGGUCGAAGGGUUCGAGCAAAGCGUCAAGCAAAUCGAACAGCAAAUCGUCCGACGGUGGCACCGGUGGUACCGCCGGCGGGCACGGUCCUGGCACCGGGGGUGCCGGUAGCGGACGCGAGGGCAACAAGAAGGACUCGGAGCGGGAGGGCAAAGAGGGCAAAACGAAACCGACGCAGGUCAGUUUUCCGGCCCAAUCGAGCAACACGACCGAUGCCGUGCGCCUGAAGUGUCGCGAAAUGCUGGCCAACGCACUGCGCGUCGAGGGGGAGAUGCCGGAGGGCUGCCAAACGCCGGAGGAGCUGGGCGAAGAGCUGGAGGAAGCGAUAUUUGUCGAGUUUAAAAACACCGAUAUGCGGUACAAGAACCGGAUCCGGUCGCGGGUUGCCAACCUGAAGGACCCGAAGAACCCGAGCCUGCGGGGCAACUUUGUGAGCGGAGCGCUGACCGCGCAGCGGCUAGCCAAGAUGACGUCCGAGGAGAUGGCGAGCGACGAGAUGAAACUGCUGCGCGAUCGGUUCGUGAAGGAGGCGAUCAACGAUGCCCAGCUGGCGACGGUGCAGGGCACCAAGACCGAUCUGCUGAAGUGUGGCAAGUGUAAGAAGCGCAACUGUACCUACAACCAGCUGCAGACGCGCAGCGCGGACGAACCGAUGACCACGUUCGUGAUGUGCAACGAGUGCGGCCACCGUUGGAAGUUUUGCUAAGCUGCGGUGCUUCACGCCGCACCCGGGAAGAUUAUGUUUUGUCUUUGUGGCAGUGGUACGCAGAGUUGCCGCAACGUUUAGAAGUGUAACUUGAGGUGGAAAAAAUCGGUUUUAAAACACACUGCAUGUGGUCGAGGCAUCGGAAGAUGACGAUCAUGGGCAUCGGAGGGCGAUCGAGAAGCAGUCUUGCCCGCAAUAGGGCAAACGAUACGACCAAUCUGCUGCUUGCUCUAUCACUAUUAAGGCUACUUUCUAAGGCAAUGUAGGUUGUACUCGCUGAAACGACCCUCCCGCAGUCGCAAAGCUUUAAUUUAACGUAUUUUUAUUUUUAACCCCUUUUUGCACGGGACGUGAGUGGUUUUACAAUGCCCACGAUGGUUCGUACCAUCCCAUUUGCUUGAAUGAUUGCCACAGAUUCAUGGCGCACAGAUUGCUCGUAUGUUGUGACCGAUUCGGUGUUAGCUAGGGAUUCCUUUAGAACGUUGUCCACCACACUGUUUGUCGUACCGUAGAAAAUGUGUUUUGGUACUUUAGUUUCCGUUCUUUCGAACGCCGAUCGGCUCCAGGAACCGCGCCGCGAAGUGCGAAACAAAAACCUCAGCAAUCGAAGCAAGCGAUCUCAAAUCGACUCGAGAAAACCUGCCGAGUUGCUCCGGGUCCGAUAGAAGAACUGCAAGCGGAAAGCUAUCAUCACCAGCUGCGCACUGCAAAAUCACAUCUUAAGCUAGGGUUAAGGUAAUGCUGUUUCUAUGAAGCAAGACAAACAGCACGGAAAGAAAACGUGCAAAACGCACGUUGCGGUUCGCGAGGCGGAGAACGAAGUCGUGUAACAAAACAUAAAUAA